AUGGCCACUGUGGGGAAGAAGCUCUACGAAAUGUGUCCAGACCAAACUGACGAGCGCGCGUUUCGUAGAUCCGCGAAGUCGUCACGGCCAGACGGGGAGCACGCCGAGGACGCCGUGAUAGUGAGGGAGGAGGAGGAGGAGGAAAGGCCGGGUUGCUGGCGACGGACCGUGACCCCACGGGUUGUUUUGGCCAUCUUCACCGCCCUGAACUUCAUCACUUACUACGACCGUGGAGCCAUCUCCGGCUGCCUAGCAAGUAUUAAGGAAGACAAACAGAUAGCAGGCGACACAGCAACCCUAACGGAUACGAAAAUGGGCUUCAUUGUUUCGGGCUUCAUGGUUGGUUUUAUGACAACAAGCCCAUUAUUCGCGGCAUUGGGCGGAACUGUGCCUUCCAAGUGGAUGAUUGUGGGAGGCAUGGUUGCAUGGGCGCUUGCGUGUGUAGGCACGGGCUUCGCAAUGUCGUAUGUGUUUCUCCUGGUGUGCAGAAUUAUUGUCGGUGUUGGUGAGGCAGCGUUUGUGGGAUUUACCGUGACUACUAUAGACCGUAUUGCGCCGCCGAACUCUCGCACGUUAUGGAUAGGUACAUUCUACUCCAUGAUGCCUGUGGGAACUGCGGUUGGCAUGGCAGUUGGGGGAAUAAUAAGUUCUUUUGGUGCAGUGGGAUUUACUGAUGGAUGGCGUCUUGUUUUUUUCUCUGAAGUCCUGGCCUCCGUACCCAUUGUGUUACUUAUCGCCUUUUUACCUGCAAUAUAUAACAUGCGCCAAGACUCAGAUGAGAAAGAAUAUUUCCCGCUGCACAAAGCAACUUGGAUUCUGCUAAAAAAUUUAAAUUAUGUAUUGAUUGUGUUUGGAUACGCAAUGUAUUGUUUUGUUCUCGGGUCCGUGGCUGUUUGGGGGAUCCCUAUGCUUAUACAGGGCCCUAUGCAGCUUUCCUACAUGAAUGCUUCGUUGAUUAUGGGGGGAGUGACGGCGCUUACGGGUGUAUUGGGUUCUGUUGCAGGGGGCCUUGCCCUUGACAAGAUAGGAGGACGAGAUGAGAAUAUGAACAUGAUCAAGGGACAAUUGCUUCUUGCUCUCACGAUCGCGGUGUCGGUUCCACUUGGUAUCGUUGCACUUUUUAUGAAGAACCUCGGCGUCUUUAUUUUCCUCCUGAUUGUGUCCGUGUUUGCCCUGUUUAUGGUGACUGCGCCUGUGAAUGCGGCAAUUAUGAGCGUGGUGCCGGAAGAGCUGAAGGCGUACGCGAUAAGCUACUCGGUCUUUGUCAUCCACGCGCUCGGCGACUUUCCAUCCCCGACUUUCACGGGUCUUCUGUCCGACCAGGUUUUUUCCAGAGGUUGCCCACGGCUGGACUACGCGAACUGCGUGCAUGACAGCGCCGACCACUGCCGAUGGGUGAACAGCACGGCCGACGCAUCCUCUGGCCACUGUGUGAGCGAGUAUCAACUGCGCGACGCCUUGCUGGUGGUCUUUUCCAUAAUGUUUCUGGCGGUGCCAUGUUGGCUCAUCGUGUGCCUGCGCAUGUGGCGCUCUCGCCGCCGCGCCUUCUCGCUGUCCGAGGGCAGCAGAGUCUCGCUGGUGGGUGAAGAAACGCACCAAGCAAAGGAGACAACUAGCGUCAGCGGUGCGUGA